AUGAGACCCACACUAGUGAAUUUAGUGAAACCACGUCGUCCUGAAAGACCGGGCCAAGUCUUACUCCCACCGUUAACACUAUACAGAAAUAUCCUUAGGGCUCAUAAGAAAUUACCAAUAGCUCAAAGACAACUAGGUGAUCUCUACGUGAAAGAGGAGUUCAAAGCUCACAAAACCACCGAUAAUCCUUUAUAUAUCGUUGGUUUCUUGACUAGCUGGCAAGAUUACUUGAAUUUGAUCACCAAGGGGAAAUGGAUGGAAAGUUCUUUGACUAGUGAACAAUUAUCCAAAAUGAGUCCUGACCAAGUGAACCAAUUGUAUGAGUUGAUGAAAGAAACUCAAAACUAUUACAAAGAGAAUCCAAAAGAGGAAGAUGAUUGA